AUGGAAAGCAUGUCUGGAUGGCAGGUGGUAUUUUUGGGAGGUCUGGCAUCAUGGGUUGUUUUCUCUUCAGUCUUUAAUAUCACCACCAAGAUUAGAUCUUUGACCCAGCCCUGGGUUUGUCAUCAAGUCAUCUCCGGCACUCCCAUUGUUCUCAAGAUCCAGAAAUAUCAGCAUGGAAUUUUGGAUGUUUUGUUCUCUGGAUUGUCAUGUGUUGUUUCUGUGCCUUUCUACACUGCUUUCCUUCCACUGCUUUUCUGGAGUGGACAUUGCAAAUUGGCCAGGCAAAUGACACUUCUGAUGGCCUUCUGUGAUUAUAUUGGUAAUUGUAUAAAGGAUGUCGUGUCAGCUCCCAGACCUAGCUCGCCACCAGUAAGGCGGCUAACAGCCACCGAAGAUGAGAAAGAAAAUGCGUUAGAGUAUGGAUUGCCUUCUUCGCAUACUCUGAACACUGUAUGCUUGUCCGGGUAUCUUUUGCUUUACGUUCUGUCCUAUGGCCAAAUCAACGAUGUAUCCGCAGAGCUAGUAGGGUUGACCAUUGUAUGCGCUAUGGUUGGUCUCAUCGGUUUAGGGAGAAUUUACCUUGGCAUGCACAGCUUGAUUGAUAUCAUUGCUGGUCUAGUAUUUGGCUUGGCAAUCCUGGCAAUGUGGCUUUCCCUUCAUGAGUACAUAGAUUCUUUUGUUGUUUCAGGACAGAAUGUUGCAACCUUCUGGAGUGCUCUUAGUUUCUUGUUGCUGUUUGCUUAUCCAACACCUGAGUUUGCAACUCCAAGUUUUGAGUUUCACACAGCCUUCAACGGUGUUGCACUUGGGAUUGUUAUAGGGAUUCAGCAAACCUAUCAUCAGUUUCACCAUGAAGGCGUCCCUCGCAUACUCACUCCCGACCUAUCACUUCCCUUGUUUUUGGGUAGAGUUUUAGUGGGAAUUCCUACAAUACUUCUCGUAAAGUUCUGCAGCAAGGCUCUCUCAAAAUGGGUUCUGCCGAUCCUAGCUAAUAUUUUGGGUAUCCCGGUUAAAUCAACGAGCUACAUUCCAACAUUAACUCCCACUUCGGCCAAUAGUAAGAAGUUGAAUGAGACGAAACAAGCUGGCUAUCUCCAUAAGUUUUUCUUUUUCUCUCACCAAGACACAUUUGAUGUUGACACUGGUAUAAGGUUCCUUCAAAAGUUUAUUAUUUCAUCCACUCAUAUUGCUAUGGCAGCUGCUGCUACUCUAUCGAUCUUCCUCCCCAUGCCAUUCGACAAAGGUAUGGCAGUUUUCUUCUUCGCAAAAUUCUUGAACAUGCCUGAUGCUGCACUUCUGUCUACUGAAUUUGGAAUAUCUUGUGGCUUUGGUCACCAUUUUGGAAACUUUUGA